UGCCUCAGUGAUUGGAUUACCGCACAUGACCAGCGUUCAGCUGUGUGACUCACUGCACUCUUUACUUGCUCUAUCACCUUCCUCUGUCCAAACACAGCAAGCCUGCAGCUCGUGCCCGAGUCCUAUUUCACUGAGAGAAACCGUUCUGCUCUUUUGUUUUCAGGAUGUCUGAGACUGAUUUACAGAAGGAGAGGCUCCAAGCCCUUGCAUUAAAACGAAAAAGACAAGCAGAAAUUGAAGAGAAAAGAAGAAAAUUAGAGGAUUUAAUAUUACGACUACAACACCUCAAGUCCAAAGCAAAACGAGAACGAUGGCUUCUUCAGGGGACAUCAGCAGCGACAGAAGAGGAAGAGGAAGAGCGGCAAAGACAGAUAGAGAAGGAUGAGGAAGAGGUGAAGGAACUAGAGGAGAGCAUUCACAGACUAGAGAACGAGAUUGAUCAGUUGAAGAAUGAAGAAUCUGAGAUUUCUGCCAAAGAACUAGUUCUCAGAGAAAGGCUGAGAAAAAGUCAGGAGUCUGGUGUUGAUCGACUAAACAAUCCUCAAGAACAAGACAGAGCAGAGGCAGAGAAUCACAUCUCUUCCCAAAAUCCUGACCUCCUGGAACUGCCCCCGCAAACACGACCUGCUGCUUUUGAGGAUAAGAAGCUUUCAAAGAGGCCCGUUUGCGCCAUGGAAAUCUACGUACAAAAAGACAGGAAAACUGGAGAUGCCGUGAUACUCUCGGCCUCGGCUGUGAGUCCGCAAGAAGCCCAACACAGAGGUGUUAAGGUUUUUGACGACGGCUGCAAGGUGGUGUACGAGGUGCAGUCAGGGCAGCCUCCAGCCGUGGAGAACGGCCUCCACACACUGACCUCUUCAGAGGUAGAUAAAAUAUUGCAGCUUGUUAACCAGUCUCACGGUCAUGAGGCUGCAAGCAGGCUGAUGGUCACUUCUCCUGACCCAGAUACUGAUGCAAGCAAUGGGGGUCUGGGGAAAAAGGAGGCAAAGAUGCACAAAGAAGCCAAGCUACUGAUGAUGCCUGGGUCACAAGGCAAGCAGGCAGCCAGUCAGACCAGAUACGAAUAUAAAGAGGAAGUCACGGAGAUGCCCGAGGCCUCGUCUGAGAAGCCCGUCACUAUGUUAUUCAUGGGCUACCAUAGUGUGGAGGAUGAGGAGGAGACAAAGAGGCUGCUGGGGUUCAAUGGCACAAUUAAGGCAGAAAUCGUGCUGAUCGACGAGGACGACGAGAAGUCCCUUCGAGAGAAGACGGUCACCGAUAUCUCCACCAUGGACGGCAACGCGGCAGACCUGGUUUCCGGUCAGCCUCUGUCGGACACGACCGAACCGUCCUCUGAAGGCAAGGACGAAAGUUCGGACAAGGAACUCCCAGCUCCAGGCCCAGUGCUGAUGUCCGAGCUGAUGAAAGCAGACUGCCAUGUACUGGCUGGUGCACAGAUUAUCAGCACUGCAACGAGAUCCUCCAAAGAUGGCAGUCAGUUGAAGAGAGAGAUUCCCUCAAAGAGUGUCACUUUCCUGGACUCGGUCAGCGUGAUAUUCGGAGGUGGAAGCAUCAUGGAGGCCCCACCAGAAAGCCUAGAUGAUUAUCACCAUUCAGGUGGCCCUGAUACCGUGCAGGACGUGCAGGAAACACUGGAAAGGGAUGCAGCUAAGGAAGAACUUCACUCUGAUAAGGGAGCAAACUGCUGGGAUCCUGAUACCGCAUCAGAGGAAACGUCUGCUGAGUUAAAGACAAUCAAUAUCCCUGACACAGGUGCAUCUUUCCUACAAAACAGCUGCCAUGAUGCCGAUAUGCAGUCACCGUACAACAGUGAGGCAGUGACAGAAGGAAUGAAGCAGGCCCCUUUUAACAUUGAAGGUUCCGAAAAACACAACGGUCACUCAGGGUUAGCAGAGACGGAUUACAAAAAUCUUCUAGGGGAUACCACUGUGACGGCAAUUAAGAAGGAACCCCGCUUCGAGCUUCGUGCUUUCCAGGAAGAGAAGAAACCUUCUAAGCUGUUUGACACGUCGGAGAGAGAGCAAAUUCACGUGAAGAAGGUUAGACCCUCUGAAGAGAUGGCGGAAUUGGAAAAGGAACGACUGGAGCUGAUCCGAGGCCAGGCAGUCAAGAAAAAUCCUGGAAUAGCUGCAAAAUGGUGGAAUCCGCCUCAGGAAAAAACCUUAGAGGAAGAACUGGACCCAGAGCAGCUUGCGUCACAUCGGAGGUAUGAGGAGAGGAAACAGAAAAGGCCAGAAAUAUCAAAUAUGCCACCAGUAUCAUCAAAACCGACUGCAGUCCCUGUGGAUCCACCAGAAGUCAGCAAGGAGGAUGUGGUCAUGGAGCAGAUCGGUUUCUCUGUGGCACGAAGCCAGUUCCUUCAGAUGGAGAAUAACAGACCGGUCCAAAAAAGAGACGUUACUCCUAAAAUCUAUUCUGCCAAACCCUUCAGAACUUCAAAUAUUACAAAUGUAGAAAGGCCAAACACUCUGACCGCUGACGUUCAUGUUACUCAAGAUAUCAGCGAAGUCACCACAUUGAAAUCCCACAACUGCUACACUGUAGGGGAAUCUCCCACUAAUCGAUCAACCGGGAGCACACCAGAGAAUGAGAUUAAAGACAAUAGCGAAACAUGGGUAGAUGAUGAAGACUUCACACCUGUCCGGGCUGUGAUGACUUUCCUUAAAGACGAAGAGCCUGAUACCUUCACAGACUCUUCCUUUAAGUCAGAGGAAUCUGAUGACGGAUUAGAUGCUCUUCCCCUCAGACCUCAGGGCGACAGCAUGAAGAAGCGCGUCGGACUGGGAAAUGUGAGUGACAGUAUUGCUCCCAGCGAGACUGUCACCAUCUCUCUGACAGAUCAGUCCUUCUCUUCCAUGUCACAUAUCGUCCAGACGGUUAACAUUGGGCCAGACCUGUCAGUUAACAAGCCUCUUGUGUUGAAAGCUAAUGACACAGAUAUUCUGACAGAGGAACAAAUAGAGUACCACGCAGGCAUUUUAGUCCAGAAUGCCAUCCAGCACGCGAUUGCCCAGCAAACUGUGUCACAAGGCCCGGAGGAACCUCCACACUAUGAUCAAAAUAAUCUCAUACUGCAGCCUUUGGAAGAAAUCAAUAAAUGUCAAGAUGGAUUGGUACCUCCCCUGGAAUGCAGGAGUCCUAAUAAGAUGAGUGAAAUUGCUGCACUUCCAAUAGAAGUGGACUCCAGCAGUUACAGCGAGCCUCCGGAUCGCUCUCCAAAAUCCAGCGGACAGUCAGAGUUCAGCUAUUUCAGUAAAUAUUCCCAGGCAGCCGAGCUCAGGAGCACUGCCUCAGUAACAAGAAACCAAGACAAGGAGGUCAGCUCGGGGCCCUUCAGGCUGCGAUCUCACAAGCAAAGGACCCUCUCCAUGAUCGAGGAAGAAAUCCGAGCAACUCAGGAACGAGAGGAGGAGCUAAAGAGGCAGAGGAAGACACAGUGCAGUCUAAAGAAAAAUCCCAAGAUCCUGCCGUCCGGGCUGAGUCCCACAGGAAGGACAGCACCUGGCAAGAUCGAGAAGAUUCGCCCCCCACCGCCUGUCUCGCCCUCGUCGGAGGGCUCCCCGACACCGUCCAUUUCUGAUGUCAGCAGCGAUGACUCCGCGGGACCCCAGAGGGCCAAAAAUUUCAUGCAGACUCUGAUGGAGGAUUACGAGACGCACAAAGUGAAGCGUCGGGAGAAGGUGGAGGAUGCCAGCGUAAGAGUCUGUGUGCUGGUGUCUGUCAGGACAGCUGCCUGGUGGGAGGACAGAAGAGGCUGCAGAUCCUCCUGCUUCCUGUUCCGCCACAUUCUUAGCUCAACCAUUAUGAAACCGUCUGUAACUGGGGCCACUUCUGUUAUAUCGUUAAUAUUAACUAUUCCCCUCCAAAAAUCACUACAUGUCUGUCUGUCUGUCUGUCUGUCUGUCUGUCUGGUUUGACAAUAUAUCAGUAAACCAUUCAUCGGGGGCUAUCAAAAAUGUCAGAAGUAACAAUUGUUUAGAUCCCAUGGAUUACCUGUACAGCUUUUAACAUCAUAAAUUCAAGAAAAUAUGUAUUCGUAAGAAUUUACUACAAUGAGAUUCAAGAUAAAAUAAGCAAAAACAAAUCGGAACUCAUUUAAAUCCAGUGAUGGACUGACUUCACAAAGGGAAAUUUGUUCAUUUGUUUUCUAUUGACAAAAAGUCGCUCUAGGACCGGGGUGUCAAACACCAGUCCUGGGGGGCCGGAGCCCUGUGUAGCUUAGUUCUUUCCCUGUUCCGCCACAAAUGAUUCAGCUCAAGAGCUGUGUGGUAAUUAGCACAAGGAGCUGAAUCAGGUGUGUUAAAUGAGGGUAAACCAGAAACUGUGCGGGGCUCCGGCCCCCCAGGACUGGAGUUUGACACCCAUGAUGUAGGAUAAAGAUUGUUCUCUUCUUCUCUUUUUAUUUGGAUAGGUUUUGGAGGCUACGAGAGUCACGCGUCGAAAAAGCAACAUGGCAAUACGAUGGGAAGCAGGGAUGUACGCCAACCAAGAUGCAGCAGAGGAGGAAGAGGAUUAGGCCAGUGUCAGCACACCUUCCAACGGCAACGGUCAUCCCCAUUAUUUAUUUGAGAGAGACUUAACCUGAAGUAUUAAAGGCGGAUUUUAAUUGGCAGUCAAGGCAAGUACAGGCAAAAAGCUGCAAUAACAAAGGCUCAUGGGUCAUUCCCUUACAUUUCAGGUUUGAAUUUUUCACUUUCUGCUUAUUACUGGUUGUGUUCUCAUUCUUGCCAUCUUUUGAAGUAUGCAGGUGUGCUUAUAAUGGAAAUGAUAUCAUGGGUAUGGUUUAUUUCAACCUUCAUCUUAGGAAUUAUUAUCUAUAGUUUCGUAUACUGUAGUUGCUUUUAUAAAUAGAUAUUAUUUCCCUAUAUAGGAAAAAUUAAAGAGGGUCACCAGUAACAGUGGAUGUUUUUAUUUUCUUGAUAUCGGUUGAAAUAUUUGAAAUAUUUACGUGAGUGGCACUCAUUUAUUGUGAUUUCUGGGUGUUGCCGUACAGCUUUUCUGAAAGUGUGUUUAAUACUCUUACUGCGCUUGGGACGGUGUAGCAUAUAAAACUGGCCAGGGUGAAGAAUCUACAGUAUAUGGAAGAUCAGUGAGGAGGUAGGAUACAGACUGUAAUAGGACCGAAGAAACUGAAGAGACCCCCAAGAUGCAAGAUGUACAUCAAAUGAACUUUUCUGUACCAGAAUGCUGUUGUACAGACCUACCUAUGGUCUGGUUCUUCUGUAAUCAAGAAGUUUAUGGGUCAGGGGGCAGAGCUGCUGUUAAUGACAAAUUAAUCAUUCGUAACUUCAGGUGCACAUGAACGUGGCAGAACACUAAUGGGAUUAUUAUAUCAGGGUCAACCUAUUACAUUAUAAUUUAUCAUAUGCCUUUUUCAAUUUUAAAUACAUAUCAGAAGCUGUAACACUUCUUAGCCACCCUCAAAGAAACAGAAUCAUUCGCGAAGAUAUUUAGGGAAGGUUAGCCUUUUGCUGAAUCCACAAAAACAUUAUUACUCAGCUGCCUCCUUAACUUUGCUUAGAAGCGAAGUAUGCGUAACAGUAAUAUAUGUAUAGCUGGGUUAGGGUUUGGGUCCGGAUUACAGUUAGGGUCAGGUUAGGUUUAGGGUUAGGUUUAGGGUUAGUUCCAUUCCUCAUUUUGCAAAUCGCCAGUACAUCCAUUUUCUGAUUGUGGAUAUUUCAAUUAUUCCAGUAAUAAGACAGGCUGGACCCUCUGAAAGAUACUUAUUUUUUUAAGACAGCUGGGAGAAUAACAGCUCAGUAUUUAAGGUUAGCUAAAUGUUUUACUACAUUGCGGAUAUAAACCUGUUAGAUGAUUAUAGAGUAAUCAUCAUGAAAUCUGUUGUGCUUGUUAGUAAUUUAAUUUAAUGCUUUUGACCAUUUGUGUAGUUUUCCAGAGUCACGCUUUGCUUUUUGUUUGCAGCUUAGAAACUGCUACUGACUCAAACUAAAACUUAUUGUUUUAGUGUAACUCGGACAGCUACUGGUUUGCUGAUUGUCUGCUUAUUUUCUGUUGUGCAUAUUUCGAUUAUCCAUCGGAUGCGAUGUAUACGUUCAUUUUGGACACGGAGUAACGACAGAGAAAAACCCAGACCAGCAAAUACACUUUCAGUAGGAGAUGUUGAAAGCUGUACAGAAAACAAUCAUUCCUUUCAUAUCUUUCUAGUCUUUACAUUUGCAUUGACAUAUUCAGCUGAUGCCCAAAGUGAUGUGCAUGCAAAGGCAAAUAGCACAUCACAGACAUACUGUCAAGGAGUGAAUUGGAUGUAAGUGCAGCUAGGCUAAGCUUCUAACGAAUGCCCAGGUACACGUGUAAGAAAAAACAUCUCUCUUUCAGAAAAUUCCAUAUAUUAAUCAUAGAUAUACUCACCUCUUUCUUCUCUCCUUUCGUUCCUGUCCACAUCUCAGUUAUUCCUACGCCGACGUAUCUGCACUAUGGUCUCGGUACCUUGUGUUACGUUACAGCUGCUGAAGUCAAACUGCUUCCCAGUUUCUUUGCUACUAUCAAAGUUCGUCGCUCUGCACACACUAUAUGCAUUCACUGCACUGCUGCUUCUCCGUUUUUAUUAGCCAAAGAUUCCUGCUUAGUCGCGUGCAAAGAAACGCUGUGAAAACAGCCUGGUGUCAUGCACGUAAGCGCAAGUGUUAAUACUUGAAGCGUGAACGACCAUCCAAGUCGCCCGAGUAACUCGUAACCGAAUUGAAAACCCAAAGUACUGCAGUCAUAAUUAUGGAGAAAUUAACAAAUAACCCUUAAGUGUAUUUUGCAUGUAAACAUAGGAUAAAUAAAUAUUGCCUGCUAUGCAGUGAAUGACAUACAGAAAAGGGAAUAGAAAUGACAUUAGCAACUAAUGAGUCACCCAAAUUCCAAAGAAACUGAAAAUGAAUGUGAUUUGAUAAAAAUUUGCGUGGGCGACAUUUGCUCAGUGAGUACCGAGGUAAAAUUUAGUAACUGUUUAAAAGCUUGUGCCUGUGAUUAGGUGGAAAUUGUAUAGAUGUAGAAUGGGGUUAGAAAGUGAUGUAUACAGGAUCUAGCGAUGAAGAAGUAAAAAAGAUUUCAUUUAAGUUUUUUCUUUAUGUGUAUGAAAAACUAACAUUGGGAUUUUUUUCUUUUUGUUGCCUUUUCUAUAGUUUUAUUAUUUUUAUUGAUUAAUUUGAUACAUUGGCUUCAUAUGUCUCCUAUAUGCAGCAAUACAUAGUGAUCCUUCAACAUUGACUACCUUCAAAAAUUUCCAAUGGUUGUUUUUCUCUAGCAUACCAAAUUCAGUAGAGUUGGUAGGAAGGAAUUGAAAAAUUCUGCUGUGAGUGUAAUUAAUGCUGUAAUAUGUGCUGUAAAAUUUGUUUGCAUAUUACAUAGCACAAAAUGCGAUGUCGUUUCAUAAAAGACUGAGAUGGUAAGGGUUAUAUUGCUAAGGGUUAUAUUGACUAUAUUGAAACUUUAAUUUAAAAAAUUAAAUCAUGCCUGUUAUUAACUAUUCCUUAUGGUAACACCAUUUCCGUCCACUGUAUAGUACUACAGGCUCACUGCAGCCCUGUGGUGUACAAGCAGAAUGGAAGAUGGAUUCCGCCUACCAUUUCCACAUUUCAGUCCCACUGGCAAUAGUUUUAAUCAGUGAAAUAUAAGUUUUCCUUCCUAGUUACUAUAAAAAAUAGCAACUACCUUGUUUUACUUUGUUGUUGCCUUGACUCCAUUGAUACAACUUAAAAAUAUAGCAAAUUACUGUUUUCAGAUCUGCUAUUGUUACAAAUUAGCAGCAGAAAAACCUGGAGCAGCUGUCAAACUGCGGGAGGGUAGAUGUGCAGGUCAGAUGAAGUCUGUGUGUCCUGGAAAGAUGAGCUUUCAUUUUCUGCCGCUGUUGAUGUCACAGUGACAUGGACUCUGUGACAGUACAAUAACAAUUAUCCUAACUGCGAUGGUUUUUCAUUUUCUUGCUUAUACCAAAUCAUCAGGUCUAUGUUAGCUAUUUAUCCCUGUAUAAAUACAGAUCCUCAGUGCUAGUUGUUCCUGAUUUAGAAUGGCAUUAAUUUCUAAAUAUUUUGUUGUGGUCUUUCUUGUGAAAAUAUUGUACUUAAUCAAAGAUCCAUUUAAAGCACCAGUACUAUUACUGUCACAUCGUGUAUCUGAAUAUGAGAUCGACAUUUGCAGAGGAGACUGUGGAGGUAAUUAUUUUUUUCUAAUGAGGAUAGUCUGUACAAUUUUCUGCAUAUUCAUACAUAAUAAGGCAUUUAAAUUCAUUUAUCUGACCUAACAUAAGGUAACUGUUACAUUUAAACAGUUAUACUGAUUUGUUUGUUAUAGAAGGAAGUGUAAUUCAAUAAUUCAAUGUAAUUAAUGAUAAUAGGAAGCCCGUAUUUUCAUGAAUCAAUGACUUUUACAGUUUGUAUUUGUUAAUUAAUUAAUAUGUUAAGUUGCACUAUAUAUAUAUAUAUAUAUUUACAUUAUAACUACAUUUAUAAAGUAUAUAAAUAUUUUCUAAACAUUCUGAACUUCAAUGCCAUGAAUUUCCUCAUUGCAAGUUAUAAAAUGUUUUGUGUUCCUAUUAGAAUGAAGGUAUUGGAAAAUAUUAUGCAUGUUCAUUGUAUUUAACCAACAUUCUAUUGCUUUCUAUUUUUACAGUAAUAUUUUGGCACAAUGGAACUGAUACAAUGUUUUUUUUUACCUAUUAAAAGCCAUAUUUCUUUCAAA